AAGUGCAAUUUCAUCACCCACCAGGAGUUGUAGCGUGCACCAUGUAUAUUCACUAGUAUAUAGAUCCUAUACAUGAUGUAUACCCGUUUUAUUAUAGUGGACAUUAGUUUCGGAUAUAAAUUUGGAAUUUACAUUAUUCUGCCAAUCGCAUUUUUACCAACAAAAUGGAAAUUUUGUGAUCUACACCUGAAAGAAUAUCAGCUGCAUUAUUAUUAAUUAAAAGCGUUAAUGGGAGCCGUCAAAAAUUAAUGAUAAAAGUAUUUUUUUAAAGUUAGAAAAUGAUUCCCACUGAAAAAAAACUGAAAUCCGUUGCAAUUAUAACCGGAGUAACCAAAUCUAACCCCUCCCUUCCUGUUCCUUUUCCUAUCCACUGCAGUUAUAACCCACCACCGCAACAUUUCAAUUACAACUUUUAUCCUCCACCUCCUCACAUGGUACCAUACAUGCCCCGACCCAAUUUUCCACCUGUAAUGAUUCCUCAUUAUGCUCCACCUCCAUUUUAUAAUACUGCUUAUGGAUAUCCUUAUAUUCACCGACCAUCUAUAACUGGCUCUUCUUCUAAUGAUAAUAAUGAUACAAAUAUUAAAAAUAACAAUUUUGCCACAGAUCCUACCAGAAAUGAUAAAAAAAUUAAAAAUCAUGAUAAAGUAUCUGAAUAUAUCAGUGAUGAAAAAAAUAAACAUAGUAAGGAUCUUAAGCGAAAGCUGUCUUCGCCAGAUAGAUGCAGGAAUAUGACUGAGUUCCGAGGGGGUAGGAGCGAUGUUGAUGCAAGAAAAUCUUUUCAUAGAAGUCGAUCACCACCUUAUUUUUCCCGUUCUCCUCGUCACUUGCAUUCAAAUUCUAUCAGAAAACAAUCGUAUACCAAUACCUUUCAUAAAUUUUUUCCUCAUUCUUCCUCUCAUCAUCGUUCUCAUGAGAAGGAUGAUAAAUACAAAUUUAAGGCUAGCUCACAUAAUACAGGGGCCGUAAUGCGAAGAAGCGCGAAACUGGAGCAGGAAACACUAUUGUUAAUGUCCACCUUAGAAGAACAGAGCUCCGAAGGUUCUACCUACGAAGUUGACGAACUAUCGGAUAGAAACUCUUCUAGGGAUCCUGGUCGACUCAUGAAGAGCUUGAAAAAACAACACCUUCUGACCAAAUUGCCUGCCAGGUAUAAACCCAUUGCCUCCGACAACAAAAUGGAUUUUGAAGCGGUAAAAAAGAAUGAGUCGGAAAACGAGAUCAAAAGAAAGAGAUAUGGCAGGGGAAAUAAUAGUUACCAUACUAAUGGGGGUUCAAUUUUGAAACUCGAAGGUCAGUUAUCGAGAAAUUUUACGAAUAGAAACACUGUUCCACUUUCUAUUUCAAAGCAUGAAUCGUCAAAACAGUGUGAGGUUUUGGAAUUCAAAGCUACCGAAUCGAAGCGUAUUAAGAAAUCUCAUCUUCGCGAAGAUAAUCAUAAAUUUAACAAAUUCAACUUUCGAAAUCCUUGCAGGCACGAAAGGACUACAGGCGGAAAGGGGUUAGAAAAAGAUUUACCACUUCCCCUUAAAGCGUGCGAUGAUCGGAAUGCCGAAGGAGAAAUCAGUUACGAAUCAUUGCUCUCAAGUACCGAAAUAGAAAUAUCAAACUUUAUCAAAAACACAUUACCUGCCAAUCAAAAAGAAUCGAAAAUGGAGAUUGACGUACCAGGUGACAAUUUUGAAAAUAAAUCACUGAAAAUGGCUAAUGAAAUUCAAGUCUCUCGCGAUGAUAGUAGUUUUAUUGAAGGGCACAGGAAUUCACGAUUAAGUUAUGGUCAAACCGGUUAUAUCCUCGAAUCCUGUGAUGAUAAUGCUGUAAUAAAUGUUCUGAGUAAUAAUGUCUUGAAAAUAGGGAAUGAAAGUAACGUUUUCCAUAUCUUGGAUUCGGUUGAGGUGAGCGAAGAUGAGCUUGACGAUAUAAUCCAAUUUAGUCAAAAAGAGGCCAAUUAUACCUUUCCAUUCAAUUCUUUUAAUAUUACGAAAGAAGCCGGAGGUAGUGAAGAUUUAAUUGGUGACAUUCGCCUUACUUCGGACUCUCAAAGUAAUAGUAGUUUCACUAAAAUUACUGGACAAAGAUCUAUUCGUGAGAGAUGUCCUUUCAAGGAAGAUAUUUUGGCUCCUAUGAAUGCAAUCGUUUCAACCAAUAACAUAAUACCCGAGAUAACCAAAACUUCUUAUACAUCCAAAUGGCACAACAAAAAUUUCCCACCCAAGAGUGCUAAAAAUAUUUACAAAUUGGAUAAUAGAAUAACAAAUAAGCAACCAACUAAUCACCCAACAUUAGAAUCUGAUCUUAAAUACUUGCCUCAACCAUCAUUGGAUGUAACUGGUCAAAUCGACAUGCUUAACGAUGAAAAAAUAUUACCAAAAAAUUUGAAAGAUAAUUUUUUGUUUGAACGCGACCAAGAAACAAAAGUUUAUCAAGAUAGCAGUUCCGAAGGAGAAGCUGGAAGUCUCAAUGAAGAUAUGGAUCAGUAUAUGGAGGACGAAGAAAUAUUUAACAUGCUUGAACAACCUGUUGAUAAAGCUAUAGGCCCAUUGGUUUACGAGAAGAGUGUCAUGAAGGCCGUAGAUAAAGACGAUUUCGAAGUUCUGCCCGAUAAAUGGAUUGAAGUAACACACAAUAGCGGGAUUCCCAUCUACUUAAAUAGGAUGACCAGGGUCUGCACUCUAGCCAGACCUUACUUUCUAGGAUCGGCUAGUGUUAGGAAACAUAGCGUUCCUCUGGGUGGUAUACCCUGUCUGCUUUACCAAAGAUUUAAGGAACGUCAAAGUAACGAAAUUGAUUUGUUGGAAAAGUAUAACGCAGAAAAUAUUUCUAAAACAUCGACACAUGGGAAUAAUGAUGUUCCCGACCAAGAAUUCUUACAAAAUAUUUCCGAUGACCGAGCAUCAAUAAGAAAUUUACCGAGGAAUCUAAAUGAUAAUAUUAUAAGCGAUUUAAUCAAAGUUACUGUCGAAUCUGCUGAACAAAUCAAGGAGAGACAUUGGAUAGCUCCCGCUCAACUUAGACAAUAUUGCGAAAAAUUAUUCGAUUUUCAAACUAUAACUGUUAGAAGAUUCAAAACCUGGGCUGAUAGAAGGAGGCAUAUUAAAAAAGUCAAAUCUCAAAGACCUUCAUUACCGAAAUCAGCAAAAAUUGUGAAGUGCAUUUUGCCAACCCAAAAGUACAACGGACAAAUAGUCGCAAAAAAAAAAAAUUUUUACUUCAACCCGGAAGAUAAAACCGUAUUAAGCAUUUUACACGAAUAUGUUCAAAAUGUGCUUAAGACCCAAGUUUCUUACACCUUCCAUACCGUGGAAAACUCCAAUACACCCUUUAGCGCUCGGCUCUCCAUCAAAGGUCUCGAAUAUGGAAUCGGCUAUGGUUCUAAUAAGAAAAAUGCUAAGUUAGAUGCAGCCCGUGUAGCCUUAUCAGUAUUGAACCCGGAGAUAGCGUCUCUCUACGAAAAGAGUAAAAAUUUACCCCCUUUAAAUUUAAUUACCAAAGAUGAAUGCAAAGAAGACGAUUUAAAUUUCAUGGGUGGUGCCCACAUUAAAAUUUUAGAAAAUACCGAUAAAAAUGAAGUUACUACCAACAAUCAAUUAUUAGGACUGGACAAGAAAGCGUCUCUCUUUCAGAAUAUUGGUAAAAAAAAUUGUUUCCCAAUUGUCGAUCAAAUUAAUAGAAAUGCCAAUCUUGAUAGCGAUAAUAGACAACCUCAUAAGUUUACCCAUGCCCGUGAUAAUAAGAAUAGUAUAAAUUAUGAAUCCGAUAAUCAAUUAAUAGAUUCGGCAGACCUAAAUGAUGCUCUCCCCAGCAAUAAUUUUGAUAAAAAUUACAAAGAAAUGAUGGAUAAAAUAAGCGAUGACACAGGAGGAAAUUUCUCUGAUGAACGUAGUAUAAAAAGCCAAAGCAGUUUUUUAUUAUCGAACGCAAAAACAGAAAUAUUUACACCGAAUUCGGGAGGGCUAAACGAAAUUAACCAAAAAAAUCUGUUUAACAACAACACCGAUAACAUUGACGAAGAUUACCCGAUGGAAACUAAAUGUGAUAAGAAAGGAGCAGGAAACCACCAAUAUCUGUUUCACGAUGCAAAGGACAAUAUCCACGAAUUGUUUGACGAUAACUUUAAAACAGAGAAUUCUGAAAAUCGGGCCAAUUAUCUCCUGCCAAAAAUUAUUACCAGUGAAUCACCGAUUGGUGAGGAUAUUGAAGAAGUUCAACUACUUUUAAAGCAAUUCGAAGAAUUUUCCAGGGUAGAGAAUUAUGCCGAGAUAAAGGCAGAUGUGGGUGAUCGAUCUUGUCUAUAUGCUACCAAUAUGGACCUUUUCGAUAAAUAUGAACAACCUAUUAAAGAGAAUGUCACGGGAAACUUGGGGGUACCGAAUAUAUACGCUUCCGAUCAAUCGCAAGCUCUGAACAUCAUCAAGGAAGAAGAUAAUACCCAUAGCGAGAAACUGUGCAAACGACCAACUACGGUCGAGAAGAAGGUGACUCCAACAUUCUUUGCUACAACUAGUGAUCGUGAUGAUGGAAAAAGAGAUUAUAAAGAACCCAACAAUAUAUCCAUUUCCAGCAACACACUUAGAAGCUCGAUUGAAAGCUCAAAAUUGAUAAAAACAACUUUCCAUUCUUCUACCUCCAACUCCCACGUACCAAACUUUUCCCCUUUCCAUGAUUACAAAAAGAAGGCAAAUAAUGACAAUAAAAGUAGCAAUCACAAAAAAGUGAGAGAGGAAGUAGAGGAAUUCGAACUUUUCAACGAACUCAAAAUAACGGAUCCUAGGAUCGCCGAGUUAUCUAUCAAAGCCGGUCAACCGACUCCUUAUACCUUGUUGCUUGAGUGCCUCAAAAGAAACUUUGGCCUCACCGAUUCUAAUAUCAAGAGCGAACUGAAAUUUAUCAAGCAAAACACCCAUUUAUUUACACUCACCGUAGGAAAACACGAAGCUUCGGUUUAUUGUCAUAGCAAGAAGGAAGGCAAGCACAAAGCAGCUCAGCACAUAUUACAAAAAAUUCAUCCUCAAGUCACGAAUUGGGGUUCGAUAUUGAGAUUGUACGGACGAAAUUUUAUCAAUGAAUUGAAGGGCAAAAAACUUGAAGAACAAAGUAUUACAUCCUUACAAAAUAUCAAUGAUUCCGAUCAACCGCCUAGUAUACACAUACUGAAAAAACUAAAAUCUGAAAUGUUCAAAUUAUAUGAAAGGAAGAAAUUGAUCCAACCAAUAGGCCAGAUAUUUACACCAGAUAUACCUUUGCAAUAUCCAUCCAAUUAUUCUAGUAGUAGAGUCAAAACAAGAAAAGAUUGAAUCCAUGAAUUAUAUUUCCCUUUUAUUAAAAAUAACCAAAAUUCUAUAUUAUUUAUGAUAAUUUAGAUAGAUUUAUAUGUAAAUUAUAUAUGUAUUACAAUUGCAAUAUUUUUCUCAUAAAUUUUUUUAGGCUCACCUGAUACAAUUUUUUUUUUAU